AUGCAUCAGCUUCCCUUAAAUAUAACUUUGUCGGAUUCAACUUUCAACAACAUUACUUCGGGACUGAUCAGUAUUGAAGGAAGCAAGCAAACUGAAGAUCUCAGUACCUUAUUUAUAAUGAGCAACUGUUCAUUUACAAAUAUCAAAUCCUCAGUAAAUACCUUUAUGGAAGUUCAACAAAAGACUGAAGUUGUGAUAGAAAGAAGCUCUUUCACAAACUUGACUUUGACAACAUUCAUCUCUGGAGUUAUGAACAUUUUUGAUGGAGCCAAAGUAACAGUUUUACACUCGAUCUUAACCAAAAACUCUGCUACAGUUGCGUCAAUAGCUAAAAUAGAAGCAAACGCAUUGAUGACAAUUGAUAACUGAAGCAUUUCUGAAAACUUUGCUAUCACAAACGGAGUGUUUGAAAUUUCAUCAUUUGGUAUGGCUGUUAUAAAGAACAGUCAAAUAUUUAAAAACUAUGCUAUCCAAUACCCAGUUGGAACUGUAUUUCUUAGCACAGAAUCAUCUAACAUUACGAAUACUGAAAUAUAUAGUAAUAAACUCAUAAGUAAAUCAAGUGUUACAACUGAAACUUCUGAAGAUUGUGUAAAUUUAUGAUUUUUGCAUCAAGAAAUGAAGGCCUACCUCAAUAGCACAAACUUGACAGCAACAUCGGAGCAAGGAUAUCUCUUCCAAGUAUUACAAGGAAACUUGAACAUUCUUAACUCAACUCAUAUUCAUGAUGAGAAUUUGGUUCUGAAAUCUUUCUUAUCAACAGUCACAGUUGAGAACUCUCAAUUUUCUAAUGUUGAGUAUUCAAUAUCUCCACUUAACAUUCUUGAUUCCAUAUUCACUAUGGAGCACACACAGAUUAGUGGAGCACAAGCGAGCUCAGUAGAAGAAAGCUUUAUUAUUGCAAACUCUGCAAAGAUGAGUGUGAAUAAUGUUACUUACAGUGAUUCCAAUUCACAAAUAAUGAUUUCUUUAAGUUCUCAUCUUGAAAUGAAUCAAAUCAAGAUCCAAAAUGUUUCUGAGUGUCCUUACUUGCUCUCUGUGGUGCUUUGCGAUUGGUUUUAUCUAGCCAACAUCGAAGUCCAAUACUCAACUCCAUCAGAAGCAGUAAUGGUCUAUGUUCAUGACACGGCCAAUAUCACAUUGGAGAGCAUCAAUGUAUCAAACACGACUUCAACCUUUGCAUUUUUCAAAAAUUCUGAAAUCACUAAAAUUACAGGCUUGAAAAUGACAAGUCUUAAUCAAACUCUUACUUUUGUGAAUUCGAAUGUUAAGGAACUAUCACAUUCUGAGUUUAAGGAUAACUUCUCAAAUAGUUCCGGAGGGGCUAUCUCUAUGACCAAUUCAAAGUUGGCAAUUGAGAGCACUAAUUUUACAAGGAAUUCUGCAACUGAAGGAGGAGCCAUUAUUUUUGAAUGAACAAGUUUCGCAUCUUGAGAACUUAAUAUAACAAAAUCAAUAUUUGAAAAGAACUCUGCAACUGUCAAAGGAGGAGCGAUUUCAUAUAAUUACAAUUAUCCAAAUAUCAUAGAGACGACUUUCAUAAAUAACUCAGCUGUUUAUGGACCUAACUAUGCAAGCUACCCAGCUAGGAUUGGAGAAAGAAACAGUACAAUUAAUGAUCCUAUUGAGAUUGAUAAUGUUGCAUCAGGAAUUAUAAUAACUGAAAACCUUGAAUUAGCACUGAUCGAUUUAGACGAUCAAGUUAUGGUUCUUGAUGACGAAAACCAAAUCCUUAUUUUGCCCUCUGACUCAUCAAAAUCUUCAGUGAGUGGAACCAAUACCGCACAAGUCAAACAAGGAGUUGCUGUCUUUGAUAAUCUUGCACUCGAAGUCAGUAAAGAACUAAGAAAAUCUAACUUCUCGGUCAGUUCAAAAUCUAUCAAUUCUGCUAAAGUAAAGGAAGUUCUGGGAAGUAGCUUCCAACAGAAAGAGCUUGAAGCCAGCUUCAGAGAUUGCCAGCCAGGAGAAAGGAUUCUUGGUGACAAGUGAGAAGUAUGAGCAGCUGGAACAUAUUCAUUAAGUUACAACUCAACAGAAUGAGCAAAAUGAGACUUUGAUGCUGAAUGAUUAGGAGGGUCAGAAAUUUACUUGAGAUCAGGCCACUGGAGGAGGUUCCAUAACUCAACUAAAGUGGUGGAAUGAAUUAACAAGGAUUCAUGAAAAGGAGAAUAUAAGCCAGAUGGAAGUUCUCCAGCUGUAUGAGCUGAAGGAUAUACUGGAAAUCUUUGAGCCCAAUGAGUCGUCAAUGAUGAGGUUAAAUACGAGAGAGUCAAUGACUACGAAUGUAGAAAAUGUCCAAAUGCCGUUUGGAAUGGGUUCCAAGUAAUUGGAGUUAUUCUUCUUGUUUUAGCAUUUUACAUAUUUUUGGUAAUUAUCAAUGUAAGAAAAACUAGUGAAAGUGAGUUAUCUGUUAUGCUGAGGAUUCUUGCAAAUUAUUUACAGCUCAUAACUGUUUCUACCUCGAUCACUAAUAAUUUCCCCUCAUCCAUCCUUGCUAUCUCAUACCCAGCAAGGAUCUUUGGAGGCUCUGCGAAUGUGUUCCUUUCUUUUGACUGAUUUAUCAAAGACACUGAAAUCAAGUUAUUCUUCGAUUCGAAUGCCAUCUUUAAAUUGUUUCUUCUCUGUUUCUUACCCAUAAUUCUGUUCUGUAUAAUUGCGGUUAUGUGGGUCUUUAUCUAUUUUGUGAAGAGACAGUGGGUUCCGAAUCCGAAGAGAAACCUUAUUAUCUCAUUCAUUACUGUUGUCUUCCUUCUUCAUCCAAAACUCACUGAGAAUAGCAUCAAUCUGCUUAGAUGAUCAGAGCUUGACGAAGAUAACAAGGUUGUUAGAAUUGAUACAAAUAUUGAGUGAUUCUCAUCCCAGCAUAUCAAAUGGAUCAUUUUUGUAUCAGGACCCAUCAUCCUGAUCUGGGUGAUUGCUUGUCCAAUCCUUGCCCUUAUCAUAAUCUACUCGGGCAAAAAGAAUUCUAAGAACUCGAACCUUUCAAAGUAUUUCAUAAUGAUUUAUCAAGGGUUAAAGCCAAAUAGGAAGUAUUGGGAGUUUAUCAACACUCUUCGUAAAAUAGUAGUUCUUUUUUCAUUGCUGCUUUCAACAACAAUGGCUGUAGGAAUUUCGAUGCUUGCCUUGGUCUUUACGGCAAGGCUCCAAAUCUAUCUCGAUCCUUACAAGAACCCUCAACAUUCCAAGGUUGAAUAUCUCGCUAUAAUGGCAGGAAUUUUGACUAUAUCAGGAGGAUUGCUAUUUUCUCAAGAUGAGCAACACAAAAUUUUGAACAGUUAUAUUUUAGUUGCAAUAGUUAUCAUAAACUUUAAAUUUAUACUGGAAUGGCUGUACUUUGUUGUUUCAAUAUACAAAAAGAACCAGAUCGCAAUGUUUAUACUUAAAAUAUCUUCUAAGUUACUUUGCAAGAAAGAGAAGAUCUUAUCUGACAAUGCUAAAGAGUUUGAGAAUGCAAAUAAUAGCUUAAACUUACAGAAGAAUCGACUAAGCUCAAUAGAUGCUCAACAAUAUCAGACUCCUAUGCACAAAAAACUUCUUCCAAAACCAAUUAAAAUGAAAAGAAAAGGUGUAAUAUUGAAGAAGAAAAAGAGAAUAAAGAAAUGUAAAAAAGGCAGAUUCCGUAGAAUGAAGAGAGAAGAGGAAGAAAAAGAACAAGAGCAUCACAACACUACUGAGAACCAGAACUCCUUAAGAACAGAUCAACGCUACUCAGGACGAUCUCCACGAUCAGGCAGAAGAAACGCAGUAUCCUUCUACCCAGCUACUGAAGCCAAGCAGAACAAAUUGAGUGAAUUCAAGUUUUUAUAA